AUGGAUUCAAGCAAAGUGGUGCUGAGGAGGAAACCAGACGUACCUGUGAUCAGACAAAUCACAUCAAACAAGAACCAACACAUCCAUGGGAUCCCCAAUAAGUGUCUUGAGCUCAGUAAGGUGAUUCGCCUUCUUGAGGAUCCUUUGACAGCUUCACUGAAGGAGAGGCACCUUUUCGUGCUGAAGAAACUGCUGAAGAGGUGCCAGAAUGGCUUUCUUCUGAGAGAGCUGACGGGCUUAUCCAAAAUCCUCAAUAUAUGUGGUGAGAGAGUGAAGGAUCACCCUGAGUAUGUGUCCGUGCUGUGUGAGGCACUCAGCAUUUGUAGGCUUCCUUUCCUGAAGGAGAAGAUGUCUGAUGAGCUGACCUACGCAGGCGACGCCAGGGACUUCCUCUCUCACUUGGGCUGUUUGAUGAGGCUGUCGAGCGCUGAAGUAAGACACCACGUAUGUGACUGUGUUAAAUCCUUCUACAGCUGUGUGGCUCCCAGACAGCUGCUGGACGGGCUGCAGCCCACCAGUCCAGGCUACAAGCUGCAGCUGCUGGAGCAGAGCGGCCUGGCCGAGACGCUGCUGCUCUCCAUGGCAAUACUGGAGAACCAGCCUGCUGUCAAGCUCCAGGUCCUGCAAACACUUCAGAUCCUCUCCAGCUCCUCUGAUGUGAACUGUGCCUUGAUCACGAAUGCACGAGGGGCAGAGACAGUCUGCCUCCAUAUGAACGAGGCCGACCCGUCAGGUGAAGUCCUGUUCCGCUCCUCGGAGGUCCUCUGGAACCUGCUGGAGCGAGGCAGCAGGCAGCAGGUCGCCGCCCAGCUCUGCACCGUGGACUGUGUCGUAGCUUUGAAAGAAGCAUUUUUUCAGCAGCUAACAAACGGCAACCGACUCUGUGACCUCCAGCUGAGAAACGACCUGCUGGUCAUCCUUACUCUGGUCGCUGAAAACCCCCAAGCCCCUCUCAUUGAGAGUUUAUUUGCCAAGGAGCUCAUGGUUUUUGUCACAUUUCCAGAGUUGAAAAGUCCCAACCCAUUGGUUCGCAACCUUAAGUUCAACUACAGCAGUGAAGACUUUGAGAUGAAGAAGCUGCUGUUAAAUCUGGCUGUGCUCAUGUCGAAGGACUUAAACGUUCUGCAGCUCUUUAAAGAGAGCCAAGUGAUGCUGGCUCUGCUGACGCUGGUGAAGCCGCCUGCGGCCUCCACUGAGGGCCGGUCAGGUUCACACCGCUGGUCCUCCUUCCAGCAGGAGGAGCUGCAGCUGCAGGCCCUGGCCUCUUUGGCCAUGGUUGCUCCUCUCAUGCUGGACGACUACAUGGCCAAUCAUGGCAACAGCUACCUGCUGCAGCUGCUGGACUGGUGCACUGACCAAGAUCCUUACUUUGGCCAGGGUCACAGCUUCCAUGGGACUGGAGGGAGAGGCAGUAAGAAGGCUCAGAUGCACUACUGUGUCCGGGUGCUGAGAUCCAUGACGUCUUUGAGCAACGAGGACGUCACCCAGGAUCUCUGUGAUCAGGGGCUCAUCAACCAGCUGCUGGGAAUUUUGAUGCAGAUGGCAGGGAGGCCUGAUGAAGGGGAUGAUGUCACCUUGGAGAUCAUGUCGGAUAUUCAGCUGAUUCUCUCAGAGUUGUGCGAGAGCGACCUGCACAGAAAGGAGCUGUUUGGGUCAGAGGGAGUGGAGAUGGCAGUGCACUUCCUAAAGGCGAGUCCUGAGCAGUUCUACAGCGGCCUGGGACACAACAAACUCAUCCUCUCCACGGUGGACUGUGUCUGGUCCUGUAUUGUGGGUUGCUACACCACAGAGGAUUACUUUUUGGUCAAAGAGGGAGUGUUUCUCCUGCUUGACUUACUCCAUUCGAGCCCCAGGAACGUGCACGGAGUCGUCCUGGCCACGCUGCUGGAGUUAUGUGACAACCCGAAGACCGUGUCUCACAUCCUGGGCUGGAGGGACGACAGGGGCGGGACGGCUCCCAGGCUCCUGCUGCAGCUCUGGAGGGAGGAGGAGGCCGAGCUGGGCGUCAGCAGGGAUGGAAAUGGAGCGAUCGCAGAUCCCAAGAGGCCCAUCCUUGGCUGUUACCAAGCAGAGGACGCCCCGCUCUCUUUCCCUGCCAACAGGCCCAGUGCAGCAGUGAUGGACGUAUCAGAGAACCUGCGAUCCAAGAUUUACUCCAUCUUCUGCAAACUUGGUUUUCAGGACCUUCCUGGAUUGUCAGCAAACGAUUACGUCACCCUGAGCAUCGUCAACAGAUACCUGGACUUUAAGGUGGGAGAGGUGUGGGAGGAGAUCAGCAGGGAGCUGGUGCUGGACGGCGUGAGGCCGGUCACUCCUGACAAGGAGACUCUGGACACCAUCUCUAAGAUCAGCGAGGACACAGCCAGGAGGGUCGCCGCCGAGCAGGCCAGCUUCCUGCAGCAGCAGAACGACAAGGACAUCAGCGAGGAGAUGCUCAUGUACACAGAGAUGAGGUCCCAUCGGAAGAAACAGGAGCUCAUAGCGAAGUUGUGGGACGAUUAUGUCGCCAAGACAUCAAACUACAAGAUCCUUCAGGAAGCAAAAGCACAGAGGGACAAACACGCUGAAUCGUCCAGACCUGAAGAUGGCAGACAUCAGCCUGCAGAGCUCUUCAUCGGCCGAGUGAUGAACAUGCCGAGCGGCCUGGCUCAGCAGACGCAAGGCGCUGAGCUCCUCCUGGCCGGAGAGGCCAUCAAGGGAACCGGUCAGGGCGUCUCGGCCUCGCCUCACGACACCGAAUACCUCAGCAGUGUCUCAGUCAAAUAAAUCCAAGCUCUAGGUACCACUGGUUCAUAAAAUAAACAUUAUCCUAAUCACUUAUCAUCAUGUUGGAUUAAUUUUAGACUAGAUGUAAACGUGAAUAUUCGGAGAAUAUCCGCACCAAGCAGAUAGUGGAGAGUAAGCACACCAAAAAUCAUAUUACCCUCCUUUUCAUUUUGCAAAAUACCACUUCACAACCUUUCUGAGCUGAUCAUGUUACACUCUACUACUAUUUAAGUAUCAGACUUAUACAAUAACAAAAACUGGCUUGAUGUAGAGGUUGGUCUUGAACUUAUGCUGGUAGUUUUACUCAUUUCAUAUUAAAAGGGGACACAGGAAUAGCUGGAAACAAUUUGUAAAUAAAAUCAGAUGUACACUAUCAAGGCAUAGUUAGAGACGAUGACCCGAUGUCAUCACUAGUACCUGCAGUUUAAUUUUAGGUUACUAGUUAUGUUCCAUAUUUCCCUCUCAUUGGAUGGGAAAUAUGGAACAUGUCUUCAGCUGUUUCUUGAUGGACAAAUAGUCCCCAAAUUCUUGCUAAAUCUACAAGACAUCUAACAGUGGUCUGUAUAUGAUCUGACAUGGAAGGAAAAAUUGUCAAGUGACAGCUGAGGACAUCCUUUACUGAUCUUUUGCCUUAAUAUGCUGCACUUUGAAUGUUUUGUACAUGGGUUCUUUCGAUGCUUUUCUGUUUUAAUCAGUGUUUUACAUUCUGCUGUAUGUAAGUUCUGCUAUAAGUAUUUUUAUAAGGAUAUGGUUGGACUGACAAAAUUAAACUGAUUCUGA